ACCUUGGAAGAUGUCGAACCAGAGUAACGGUGAUACCAAACCCCCAUGUUUACCCCGGAACGGGCUAGUGAAGAUCCCGGCCCAGGCCAAUGGACUCGGCUCCGCCAGCAUCACCAAAGGGACACCUGCGAUGAAAAACCGCUUGUGCCAGCCUUCCUCCGUGCCUGCCAUUAUCAGCCCAGCCUUAGCCAAUCACAGUGACUUGCCCAUGCCCAGCCUGGCUUCACCGCUCUCCUUGGCCGCGCUUUCCGGCGUGCCGUCACCUUCUGGAGCCGCUGUGGUGGGACUCCACUCCGGUGAGAUCUCCCCAACCAACGGGGAAGUCUCUUCCCUGGAGGGGCUCUCCAAUUCCCCCACCGAAAGGCAACUGGGUGUCGACGAGAAGAUCCUCAACCGUCUCUUUUGGUACUUCUCGGCCUGCGAGAAGUGUGUCCUGGCCCAGGUGUGUAAAGCGUGGAGGAGGGUUUUGUACCAGCCCAAGUUCUGGGUGGGCCUGAUGCCGGUGCUACACACCAAAGAGCUCUACAACGUCCUGCCCAGCGGGGAGAAAGAGUUUGUCAACCUCCAAGGGUUUGCCGUCAGGGGCUUCGACGGUUUCUGCCUGGUCGGAGUCUCUGACCUGGACAUUUGCGAGUUCAUCGAUAACUAUCCUUUAUCCAAGAAAGGGGUGAAGUCCAUGAGCCUUAAGAGAUCAACCAUCACGGACGCAGGCCUUGAGGUGAUGCUGGAACAGAUGCAGGGGGUGAUGCGGCUGGAGCUGUCCGGGUGCAACGACUUCACCGAGGCGGGCCUCUGGUCCAGCCUGAACGCCCGCAUCACCUCCCUGAGCGUCAGCGACUGCAUCAACGUGGCCGACGAUGCCAUCGCCGCCAUCUCCCAGCUGCUGCCCAACCUGACCGAACUCAACCUGCAGGCCUACCACGUGACGGACACGGCCCUGGCCUACUUCACCGCCAAGCAGGGCUACACGACCCACACCCUCCGCCUCAACUCCUGCUGGGAGAUCACGAACCACGGGGUCGUCAACAUGGUGCACAGCCUCCCCAACCUGAGUGCCCUCAGCCUCUCCGGCUGCUCCAAGGUGACGGACGACGGUGUGGAAUUGGUGGCGGAGAACCUCCGUAAGCUCCGCAGCCUGGACCUCUCGUGGUGCCCCCGGAUCACGGACAUGGCGCUGGAGUACAUCGCCUGCGACCUGCACAAGCUGGAGGAGCUGGUGCUUGACAGGUGUGUACGGAUCACUGAUACAGGACUCAGCUACCUGUCCACGAUGUCCUCCCUGAGGAACUUAUACCUCCGCUGGUGCUGCCAGAUUCAAGAUUUUGGCCUGAAGCAUCUGCUCGGAAUGAGAAGUUUACGGCUUUUGUCUCUUGCUGGUUGUCCUCUGCUGACUACCACCGGACUCUCGGGUCUUGUCCAGCUUCAAGAUCUGGAAGAGCUGGAGCUGACCAAUUGUCCCGGGGCCACACCCGAGCUCUUCAAGUAUUUUUCCCAGCAUCUGCCACGUUGCAUGGUGAUCGAAUAAGCAGCUCCUUGGAAGAAUCUGACCAACUACUGGAGCCAUGUCCUCCAAUCCCAACCCAGCACUGACCAACCAAUCAGAGUCAUGGUUUUAUUUAUUCAUUGAAUAUAUAUAAAUAUAUAGAUAGAUAUAUAUUAUUUUUUUUUCCGGGAGAGAUGCUGUGACUUCAAACAUACACACACACACACACAAAGACAGGCAAACGCAAUGCAUACUGAACGACAAUGGAAGAUCUAGACUGAACAGUGACGCACAGAGUUGUUUUUGUUUUGGCACGUGCGUUCACAUCCAGUGCGCCAUAGCAGUGAAAACCUGGAAGAAUCCCUCCUUGAGUUUGUCAAAUCCCCAUGCCUUCGUCAUCUCCCGUCUUCCUUGUAGUGAUCUGUCCUGAAAUCUUAAUUUUUGAAAAAAUAAAACGAAAAAAAAAACCACACACACAAGAAACCAAAACCAAAUGAAAAGGGGAACAG